AUGGUCGGCAAAGUCUCCGAGAGAGUGCUCCUCAGGGAGGGGCUGGAGAGGACCGACAAUGGCAUGAAACUGACAUCGUGGCCUGAUGUCACCCCCAUCAACCAGAAGAACUACUACACAGACUAUAUGAAGCGGGACGACCAGGUCCUGGCUCUGCGACUCCAGAACGAUGCAAACCGCGACAGAUUGGUGCAGAGCGCCCGAGAUCGCGACCGGGCUCUUUCGAAGCCUGUCAACGGCGAGCUCCCCCUACCACUGCCAGACCUCGGCGACGACGAUGGGGCUGCCACUCCCUCGGGCGGCAUGGACCCAUCCAGGGUGAUUGUCAUCCACCCCGGAAGCCAGAACCUACGUAUUGGCUUUGCGAGCGACGCACUUCCCAAGACCAUUCCCGCUGUAUUGGCGACCAAGUUCCCCCAGACCGAGUCGGAGAUGUACGAAGCCCUCCCUCGACGUCAGUUCGAGGCAAAGACCGUCGACCAACAAUACGGAGAGGAAUGGUCCAAGAAAUACCAGAAGAUGUGCAACGACCUCAAGGUCGAAAUGCGCGCCAACAAGCGAAAAGUACUGCCCAACUCCAAGGAGCUGGUCCAGACCUUCAACCGCCGUACGGAACCCGAGAUUAUUCAGAGGCACAACGACGUGCUGGAGGUUGAAUGGACAGAUAUAAGCAAGCUGGACGACCCAGAUUCACCGGCAUCUUGCUUUAUUGGAUACGAAGCGCUGCGCGUUCCUGACGAUUCAAAUCCCAAAUUCAAGUUGUGGUGGCCCAUGCAACACGGAUACUGGAACGAGGAUGGGUACACAAGCCAAGAGCACCUGUUUGACGAUUUCGAAACGCUGCUAGACAAGGCCCUACGCCAAGAGCUCGGGCUCAAAACAAACAGCGAGUGGCAGCAGUACAGCUGUGUUUUCGUCAUUCCCGACCUCUACGACAAGAAGUAUGUGGAGCAAGUCCUGCUCUCUUGCAUGACAUGGUUCGAGUUCAGUAGAGUAUGCUUCAUCCAGGAAAGCAUGGCAGCCACUUUCGGCGCCGGAUACACGCAAGCCUGCGUCGUCGACGUCGGCGCCCAGAAGACUGCAGUCACCUGUGUCGAAGACGGGCUUUGUAUCGAGGACUCGAGAAUCAACCUCAAGUAUGGCGGAUACGACAUUACGGAAACGUUCAUCAAGAUGAUGCUCUACGACAACUUUCCCUAUCAGGAGAUUAACCUGCGGAGGAGAUAUGACUUCUUGCUGGCCGAAGAGCUCAAGUGGAAGCACUGCACCAUGUCUCAGGCCAACAUAUCGGUGCAGCUCUACAACUUCCACGUCCGAGCGCCGAAUCAGCCGACGCGUAAGUAUGCCUUCAAGACGUACGACGAGGUCAUUCUCGCGCCAAUGGGUGUCUUUGAGCCCUCAAUCUUCGACAACAGCACAAAGCUCCGGGGACGAAGGAAACUGGUGGAGCGUUCCUACAACGCAUACGACGUAGAUAUUCCUGACGAUCCCACAUCUGCCGCACAGCUUGCGAUACUUGCUCUGGUCAAGCCAUCGCUCACGGCCAACACAAAUGGCUUCUCCCAGUCGCAGCCCGAAGUGUCGACGCCCAGCAAGGAAAAGUCACAGCCGUUUAACUUUCUUGGUAAGAGCGAAACAGCGAGCGGGACGCCCAUGGCAUCGCAUGCCGGAUCGCCGGCACCCGAGGGUAACGGCACUCCGGCCCCGUUCAUCUUUGGAGCCAACAAGGACGGCGUCAACGGCGAUAGCCCUGCUCCGGGCAGCAUUCGAGCCGCCGGCACACCGAUUCCAGGGCAGUCUCAAAGCACCCAGCCGCCUCCGGGGAUCUUUGUCGAACCAGCGCGCGGCGCCAAAGAAAUCGCAGCGGAACGAGACGAGGUGCUGCCCCUGGCACCGCUGGACAUUGCCAUUCUGACAAGCAUUCACAACGCCGCUAAGGGCGACGACAAGAAGGUCCGCGACCUACUGGGCAGUAUCAUGGUUGUCGGCGGCGGAGCCAAGAUCCCACAAUUCACCGUCGUUUUGGAGGAGAAGCUGAAGGCGUUGAAGCCCGAGCUCAGCGAGAGGAUACUUGUCAGUCGCAGCGCCAGGGAUAUGGACGAGCAGGUUGUGACCUGGAAGGGGGCGAGUGUCUUUGCCAAGCUGCCGACCAAUGAUUCGUGGAUCACGCCGUUCGAGUUUGAGAGACUCGGCGCGCGUACGCUGCACCACAAGGUGCUCUGGGCGUGGUAG